CUCAGAGUUUCUUCUCACCGUCUCGUCUCUCUACACUCUGCUCCGAAUUCAUUUAGUCGAUCAACUCUUCUCUCAUCCUACCAUCUUACUACCAUCCUUCCAUAAAUCACCAUGGCUGCAGUUAUCGCUUCACAAAUCGCCCGCCCUUCUAUCCGUCACUUUUCCGCGCACCGCCCGCGCCCAGAUAGUCGCGCGGCUCGCGCAGUGGCCAUGACCUGCAUUAUCUCCGGCGUGGCGCUGCCCUUUGUUCCACCUGCCCUCGAAAGCUCGCGCCAGCGCAACUCCAGCUCCCCCAUCAACAACAAGCCACAUCCUCCUCUCUGCUUCCACGCUCGAUAAACAACCCAUUCAAUCCAUAACAUGCAUGAGACGUGUCGCUACACUCGU